UCAUAUUAACCCAAGGUAUCUCUCUCUACAAUCUCAAGUGAAUUUUCUACAAUCUCUCUCUACAAUUUCUGCUGUCGGCAAGUGUUAUCCCAGCAGUAAGUGUCCUAAAUUUCUUUUUCCGGACAACUGAUUUAGGCAACCCAAAUAAGAUCGCUUGAAAUGUCAAGCUGAUAAUCACCCGCAUCUAUGACCUUCAUGCUCUGCACGUUUGCAACAGGAAUUUAGCAAUAUUUUUUGCUUUAUCUUCAAGCUGAUAAUCACCUGCAUCUAUGGCCUCCAUGCUCUGCACGUUUGCAACAGGAAUUUAGCAAUAUUUUUGUAUGUCUCUUGAAAUUAUCUUCAAUCUUAUUUUCACGUUUGAGUCACCCGUUCAUUUCUUUCAGUGGUAUGUUUUCAGUGCUUUAUUCGAUAUGUAGGUUUCUCUACCAAUGCAUCAUGUGCAAAUUUGAACGGACAUGCUAAUGUGUUUUUACCAGGGAACUAUAUCUAACUCCUUCUGCUAUUGCAGAUGGAUAUACCUUCCAAAUUGGCUUUAUCUUUCCUUUUCUUUCUGCUACUAUCUCGUGCUUUGAGUAGUCUUUACAUGCAUGUCACCUUUUAGCCUGCUUUUCUUGCAUAACACAAUUAAUGAGCUAAACAUACAGGAACAAUCUCAGUUAACAUCUGUAGAUCAAAUGAGAGGGGGAAAUAUAGAAAGUUUGGCUGCAAUUCAGCCGACUAGGAUGCUUGCACAUACACUCUCUCAAAACAGUGAUCCUAAGUUUCGGAAUUCAAAAUUUCUUCAAUUUGUAUCCAAGAUGAGUCGUGGUGAACUUAUCAUUGAUUAUAAUCAGGUCAAACCAGCAUCAGAGAACUGGGCAACAGAAUAUCAGCAACAGUACAAUGGAGGUGCUUCUUGGGCUGAUGAAUUUGCUCAUGAUGAGGCAAGUAGAGAUCUUGUGGAAGGUAAAGAAGCUUAUAGAUUAAUAUGUCCUGAUAAUCAGUCAUAAAUUCCUUUUAGCAGUUUCCUCCUCCUUUUCUUCUGCCUUGCCUACGUAGACUAAAAUGGAACUAACAUCACUGACCUUAGGUAGUAAUCUCAUUCACCAACCCUAGGUGGUUGAAACUAGUUUUGAUGAUUGGAGAAUGUCCCAAAUGAUAAUGAUGGUUUGGUUAGUGCUAUUUUCUAUAUAUAUCUACUAUAAUUUAGCAAAUAAAGUGUGAAUGACUAAUGAUUCUGUAUUAUUACAUCUUCAGUUGAACUUUUAAAUCAACUAAACCUGUAAAUCUUAUAUGAGAUUAUCUAUAUUUGUUAUUUAUAAAA